UCCUCUAUAAAUUACAUUUUCUUAUCUUCAUGAAAUCUUAUAUGUAUAUCGUGCCAAGUCUGAUACAUAUUCGUGAAAUAUUAUAGCAAUUAUUUAUUUAUACAUGUUGAAAUUAAUUUUUCAAACAGAUGAAUCAGGUUUAUCGAGUUCAGGAGAUGAGAAACGAAUUUUGAAAAACCGAGAAAACUAUUCAUUUGACGAAGUAAUCGGACAUAUCGAAGAUCUAUUAUUAGAGGAAGACUUUCAAGCGCUUCAGCAAAGAUUUUUAGAAAAGUAUUGGAAUGUUUUUGAACCAGUGGAGGACAACAAAUUAAUUUAUACUGAUAUAUUUAACGAAUAUAAUAAAACUGUGGAGAUGUACAUUGAGGAUUAUCUUAAAAAAGUUAUGCCACAAUUUACAAUAGAUAUUCUUUUACAUCAAUUAAAUGAAAAACAGGCAGAAUUGGAAGGUGAAGUCUUUGAAGUAUUGUCAACGAUAACAGACUUUUUGGCUUUUAAGGAAAUGUUUCUUGAUUAUAGAGCAGUAAAAGAAGGUAAAGUUGAAGAUCUCAGUUGUGGAAUAGCUGUUACAUCAUUAAAAUUCUAUAAUGCAGAAGAUUGCAAUAAAUCACCAAGAUAAUAUACACGAUUUUAGUAUCGAGAGAUGCCUUUCAAAAUAAAAGAUAAGACAUAUUAGAAAAAACCGAUUGUAAAAUGUGAUAUAUAAGUCAAACAUUAACAAACACAUUCGCACACACA